UCAUCUUUAAUAAAGCAAGUGAGCAGGAUACCUUUAAUAAGACUUCAAAACAGGGAUUAUAUUGCUGUUGCUUCAGUAGAUGUGCUGCAUGUAUUGUAACAAUUGAGGCUGUAGUGGGAAAAUUAAUGAUGUUUGAAAGGUUAACCAUGCUGAAUCUCCAAAGCAGUUCAAACUGGAGUGGACCCAAUGACUGGUACCAUCAAGAGGACACAGUUCCCACCCAGCACAGCACUGUGUCAGAUGGAUGCCUGGUGGACACGGAUGUGGGGAUGGCAAGAGGAGGACAGGUAGAGAGAGAUGAGAGGGAGGAGUCUCAACUGAGGCUGCAGCUGAAGAGGAAACUUCAGCGCAACAGAACCAGCUUCACAACAGAACAGAUUGAAGCCCUGGAGAAAGAGUUUGAGAGAACGCAUUAUCCAGAUGUUUUUGCCAGAGAACGACUUGCAAACAAAAUCGACCUUCCAGAGGCACGGAUACAAGUGUGGUUUUCCAAUCGAAGAGCCAAAUGGAGACGAGAAGAGAAGCUGCGAAACCAGAAGCGUUCUGGGGGUGGGACUUCCUGUACUCAAACACAUGCUGCGCUGACCACAUCCUUUAACUCAACUUUCUAUCAUCAUCAGCAUGGCAACAGUGCAGAUUCCAUGCUCAGUCAGAGUGAGAAAGCUCUCCCCAGAUAUAAUGCUCUCUCAGUCUACUCUGGGAUCCAGCAGCCUGCUCCUUCUCCAUCAGCCUCUUACUUGUGCAUGUUGCCUCCAUCCCCAACUGAACCUCACUCGUUUGAGACAUCCUACUCCUCUCCCCAUCUGCCACCUCCUCCUUCAGCUAACACCAGCACAGGGAUUUCUGUGCCUGUCCAGGUUUUAGGAAAUGAAGAAAAUAUGAGUCAGAACCUUGGCCAGUACUGGGCUAGGCUGCAUUGAAAAAGCAUGAUAAAGAGAGGUAGAUAUUGCAUUGCAAAAUCACAAAAUAUUGAUGUUUACAAAAAAGAAAUUAAAAAAAAAUCUUAAAAAAUCCUUUAAAACAAAUCCCUCUAAAUUUGAGGAAAGCUUUCCUCUGUUGGUUGGACCUUACAAACUGUGAUAAUAAACCGGAUUAGGAAAAAAUCCCUUAAUUUGACUUUCGACAUAAACAAAUUUCAUUUUAGCCAUAUUUUUUUGGAAGAUAUUUAAGAUCUGAUGACAGUGUGCAAUAUUUGCAUCAAUGUCACCCCAGCAUUUAGCUCCAGACAUAUGGGAAUGUAUAUGAUGAAAUGUGAUCGCCAAGCAUUGUGUAUUGACCUUUGCCCUAUUUUUAAGCAAUUGUCUUUUCAGAAUCAUAGACAUGAGUUCCUGGCAGCACGUCUAUUAAAAUGGGAAGCUUAUUAUGGUAUUUAAGAACACAAUUCUGCUUUCUACUUUCAUAAUAAUUCCUGAUUACUCAGCUGUAAUGUCUUCAUUAAAGUCAUUCAUGUCUUGUGAUUGUUUUCAUAAUCAGAUUUGUGCUAUAUCAUUUCUUAUGAAAUAUUAUUUCUUAUGAAACAUUUAUGACUUUUUGUCACCUCAGUAAGACAAUGACAAUCAAGGCAAAUGCCUCAUUCAAUCAAAGCAGGGACUGAGAGCCAAUCAUUAUAUUUGCACUAAAGCAGUGACCAAUGAACAAUGAAUGACCAAUCAAUUAAAAAGUGACGAUCACCACUGUUAUACCAUAAAGCAUCAGUGGAUACAGUAUGCAAAACUUCUGACCAAUACAUUUCCAGCAUGCCCCAUGGAACAUCUGUUGAUCCAAAGUAUUGUUGUUUCAAAACAGUAAUGUUGUUUUAUUUCUUCUAUUAUUUUUCAAAUGAAUAUAUUGUCUUAUAUAUACAGUAUGUCUAUGAUAAAAUAUGUUUGAACUUUAGAAUAACUAUCUCUGUACCUUAACUACUUGAUAGCUUAUGGUGUGUGCCUAAGCGUGUGCGUGUAUUUGUGAGUGAGAGAGAAAGAGAGGGAAAGAGAGAGGUGUAGAAAUGUACAGUGGAGUUCUAAAGUCUUAGACCACUAGUAAAAAGUGUUUGCAUUUUCUCAUUUCAUACAAGAUUAUACAUUACAAAUCAUAUUAUCAGCAUACCAAUCUGACUGAAAAGUUGAAUAAAAAUGCAUGAAUUACACUAGUUUGUGCAAAACCUGAUAAUCCAUGUUAUCCAUCAUGAUUUAGCAUUGUUCCAAAGAGCAUUGUGUGUGUUUCAAUGGAAACAAAGAAAUCUGACCUUUCAGUUAACAUGGUGAAUGUCACAAAUUUGCUUGCAUUUGAUUAGUGACCUAGAAACAGUGCUGAAUAUUAAAUAUUUCUUAAUCAUUGUACAUCAUAACUUUUCUUUCCUUCCAUUUUUUUAAAAAUCAUACUUUUUUUUUUUUUAUGUUAUUCUGUUUAUAUCCAGAUUUAAAUGAAAAGAAAAAAAAUCAGUAUGGUCUUGUGGACCCCACUAUAUGUGUGGAUUUUGUGUUCACUCCUUUCAGUCAACCUACAGUAUUUCAUGUAUGCACUGAACCCUUUAAUCAAAACAUUUAUCUGGCAAUCAUAUAAUGCAAGUUGUAAUUGUGUGAAAUGCACUUGAUUAAAAUAAAUAUGCACUUUAUUGAUUGAUUUUAAUCUGUUCUUCCAGAUGAGCAUAAAAUCUGAAAGGAUUUAUGCAUGUUUUUUCACUAUAUAUGUACAUACAUGUAAAUGGUUUCACAUCUAUAAGAGACACUUGGAUUGCAUAAGUCAUGAUUUAUAAACUAUAUAUACUUAUUACACAGCUGUCUGGAAUACUCGAUUCUGACUGGUCAAUGGUGCCAUCUAAUGGUCUGUUAUUGCUCUGUAACAGCUGCACAUUCACGUAUCAGACCGCUUAUCCUGGUGUUGCAAGCCUUCCCUCCUGC